AUGGGCUGGGCAGUGCUGAAGGGCUGGCUGAGGGAGUCAGCCACCCUGCUCAGGAGCCCAGCCGCCCUGCCUACCGAGGCAGGCAGCAGGGGCUGUGACCCUGGCACUUACCUCGCAGCAGGUAGCAACAAUGGCCUCAUUGAGCCAAAGAAGCUGCCGAACCCAGUCAGAGAGUCCAAAACCCACCAGGAGCUCCAUCGGGAGCUGCUGUUCAGCCACAGGAGGGGGCUGUUGCCAGAACACAAACCAGAGCUCCAGAAGGUUCUGGAGACCAGGAGAUUCAAGCAGCUGAAGCAGCAGCAGGAGUCACAGAGGCCUCUGACGGAUCUGGAAGAGGAGCUGAGGAAACGACACCGGAUGCUGGAGCAGAUGCAGCUAGGUCAACAGAAGAUUUCUCUGGAGCAGGAGCACAGGCCUGAGUUCAUCCUCGUCAAGGAGAGCCUGAAGAAGAUCAAGCUGUCUGGAGAAACAGGCAUGAGACAGACCUGAGGGGCAGGUGGCAGCGCCAUCUCCUGGGGACUC